CCUACAUGGGACAGUCGUGUGGGCAGCACUACUUUCUGCUUUAGUUCCACUUUUUUGUAAAAACCAGAAUCGUACACGUGCUCUCGGACUGGAUAACCGUAACUAAAACACAACGUGGUUUCGUUUUGAUGAGAAGCUUUCACUUCGUGGGACGUUCAGGGCUCAGAUGGGCAUGAAGUCAACAACCCGCCGAAAAUGACUGACGGGUAACUGCACGCGUAACAUGCUUAACUAAUUGGCUACAACAGGUGAAAGGGUUUGUGUAAUUUAGCCUCGGGUAGGUGAUGUAAGUGACUUUUCUUUUAAAGUGAUAUAGUUUUAUUCCGCUGUUGUUUGGUGAGACAGCCAGUCCCAUGCCCGCGCCCCGCGUGCCAGGCUGCACUCUAGCCCGAGGACAGUGCCCUAGGCUCGGGGGUUAGAUGGUGCUGAUCACGGACGACAGGGAUGGAGGAGGCGCUUCGUCGGUCCGGGUCAAACAGCUCCAGCAGCAAAGAAAAGUCGGGGGGAACAUCACCCAAGUCCACCCGACCAUAGUCGAGGAGUCCAACUCUGACGAGGAGGACUACCUGGGCUCGUGCGAGGACGAGGAUGAAGAGGAAGAUGGAGGGGAGGAAGACGAUGAUGAAUUCGAAGAAGUUGACUUUGAGGACUUUGAGGACUGUCGGAGUAUCGCUUCGGACGACUCUUUCUACCCGCCGGAUGAUGUGUUCGCGGACUCGGAGCGGACCCCGUCCCCGGACAGCCCGCAGCCGCUGUCUUUCUUCCAGGCGUGCUGCACGAACAACGCGGCUAUCGUCCGGAUAAUGAUACGGCAUGGAGUGAAGGAGGAGGAGGUCAAGGAGAUGGACAGGAAUAACAGGAUAGGGCUUUUGGUUGCAUGCUACCAAGGUUACGUGGACGUCGUCAUAGCCCUGUCUCAGUGUCCCUAUCUGGAUGUCAACUGGCAGGACAGCGAGGGAAACACUGCUCUCAUCACUGCUGCUCAAGCAGGCCACAUAACAAUCACCAACUAUCUGCUCAACUACUACUCCGGGUUGGAUACCGAGAGGAGAAACUGCCAUGGCUUCACCGCGCUGAUGAAAGCUGCCAUGCAGGGCAGGAUGGAGUGUGUACGCUCGCUCAUGAUGGCAGGAGCUGCCUUGGAUGCCAGGGACUUUGGCCGCCACUUCACUGCCAGGGACUGGGCCUUCUUUACGGGCCGUUAUGAAACUGCCUGGAUAAUGACGCGCCUGAUGGAACGGCCGUGCCCGCCCCAGUACUGUGAUACAUACAGUCUAGAGUGGCCCCCACUGGCAUCACUGGUGGCCAAAGCCCAGGAGCCCCGUGGCUGUCUAAAGCGCCUGUCGGACACCGUCCGGAACGUCUUCAACAUGGCCAACGUCACUAACCCUGAGGACGAAGGUGUUAUCGACCACAUGGUUUCUAUAACAACUGCCAUGAGGAGCCCUGCCAUUGCUGUGGCAUGCCAUACAGUGUGCCCUGACAGCCCCCCAAGUGUAGGAAAACGGCGUUAUGCAGUUCCUGAGAUCAUCCGUCAGCAGCGCGCCAAGGAGCUGCGCUCCAUUAACCCUGACAGGGUGGAAAGCCACCUCAAACUCUUCCAGAACUCCCGGGUCACACUGGUGGCCAAGAACUCAGAAGACCGCAGGGCCAGCCUUCAGACGCAGAACCUGGUGCCUCGACACAGGAGCUCCAGCCUGACAAUGAUGGCUUAUAACGAAGCCCUGGAGCUGCGGAGAACCAGCCUGCUGCCUUUGCACAUGGUGCUGAGGAGGAGCAGUGUCCGGCCGGGCUUUAGCAUCCCCAAAGUGAGAGUGUCCAAAGCCCCCACACCCACUUACCAACCAGAAAAGAUCCGGAGAAAGAGCAGCGCCAAAGAUGGAGGGGGGCAACUGCUGCAAAUACCAAAGUGGCGGUACAAGGAGUUAAAAGAAGAAAGGAAGAAAGCCGAGGAGGCCGAGAGGAGGAGGCUGGAGGCUGUAACCAAGAGACACCUCGCUGCUGGGAGAAAGAAAUAAUAUCAUUGCCUCAGAAGAUGCCAUGUACACUACCCCAAAAAGAGAGCCUGGACAGACUACAGUUUUUCUACAAUAUAUGAAUUACCAGCAGUGUUCCUAAGGAGGAUUGAAGACUGAAGGCUGCUGUUGUCUGCUCAGUUUCGCAAAGGGGGAUGCCAGCUGGCCUCUUAAAAAUGGCCGCCAGAGCUUUGACAGAAGUACACAAUGCUCAGUGUCCUUUAUGAUGUCAAACAGUACAUACCCAGGGGAUUUGAUACUUGAAAUGUUUUUAGCUAACUUAUUUUUCAUAUUUAUUGCUUUUUGAUGGAUGGCCUAGUCUAUAUUUUGUUAAGCUCCGGGUGCUCAAUACAGCAGUGUUGUUGUAGCAUUGAAGCACUUGUUUGACACACAUUCUCUCAGAUUGUCACCACAGUAGAAAUGUGUUCAUCUCUCUACCUAAAAAAAUAAGCAAUUUAUUAAAGAUGUUAUGGAAUAAUGUCUUUACAAUAAUGAGUGGAUAAUACUGUCAUAUUGACUGAGAAAGCUAAACAUACGCUUACAUAAAAUCUAAUGGCAUUUAAGAGCAAUAUUUUUAGAUGCUUUUUGUUUAGCUUUAUAACGACAAACCUUUGAAUGUAUUUGGCAUAUGUGUAUAUUUUAUAUUAGAGAAUAUAAUGCUUUUUGAUGGCAAACUUUUUAUUUUUUAUUCAAUAUAGACUUUUUCACAUACAAAUAUA